AUGCGCCGUUAUUCUCCGUUACCAUGGACUAUUCUUCAUCUCCUUAUUCUUAUUAUCACUCCUGUCGUGUCCAGUAGUCAUCAAGGACCCAGCGAAUCAAAAGCGCAACCUGGUGACGGACAGCAGCCGACACAGGCAUCCUUCUCAACAUCUCAACCAAAGGAAAUGGCGAAGGAAAGGCUAUUAUUAAAGCCGCUAAAGGACGGAAAGAUUGCUGCGCACUUUGAGUUUGAUUAUUUGGAUGCCGAGGCCGUUCCGCGGGAUCCGAGGACGUUGGGAGAAAGAGAUGUUGCUCAACAUUUCGACUCGUUCCCUCUCUCGCUCGGCCAAAUUCUGCGAGAGUAUGCAGUUGCAGAAAUGCAUCUGACUCUGAAUAGCGGGCGUUGGCAAUACGACACCUGGGGAUAUCCACAGAGUCCUGCCGUUGCCAGCGGUGCAGAGCUUUGGGUCUGGAUGGCGGAUGGUGGAGAGAAAUCGAUCGAGGAACGGUGGAGCGGCUUGUCAAAUGCGCUCGCAGGACUCUUUUGUGCGUCUCUUUCGGCACUUCCUACAUCUCGAACCACUUCUCCUCGCUACGCAUUCAGACCAGAAGGCCAACUCCCCUUUUACCCUUUCGAUGAGCCCUCAGCCGCUGGGACGAACAAAACCCAAGACGGACUCGACUAUGUCUUGCGACACGCCAUCCUCCCAUCCGAGAAUAUAUGUACGGAGAACUUGACACCAUUCAUCAAGUUGCUCCCUUGCAAGUCGUAUGCGGGUAUUGCCGAACUACUCAACCCGCACAAACUCUUUGGAGGCUGGUGGUAUGGGGUCGGUGUACAUGCUACCUGGAAUAACGAAAUUAAAAACGUCGAUAAAUCAACGAGUCAAGCUGGUGUACGCCUCCAACUUACUGUAGGCGCAGUCCUUGACGGGUCGGCGGUGCAUCAAGAUUCGAAGCAGUGGAGUUUUCGUUCUCUGUUUGAUCGAGAGAUUCAGAGGACAUGCGCAGUAACUGGACCAGGGGAGGUGCAAAUAAGACAGCCAUCAGAAUCCGGGGGUUCGGAUACUAUUGUGCUGAGCCCGGCACCUGCAAACCGCAUUGUGCGUCCAUCAACCAGGAACAGAGAACAGGAGAUUUGGGACGUCAUCUUCGUCGGAGAGCACGGUCUUCGACUGACAGCGACCAGUCCCAUAUCAUUGAACAGUGACUCCUCUUCCAUUGGCGAGACUCCACUAUCUAUCAAGCGCUCUCUUCGUGGCUACGAUCAAACUCGUGGUGGCUUUGCCAUCUCUAUCACGAAUCGCCUGUACCAUACGGUCGAUGCGUGGUAUGUCGAAAGCAUACCCUGGAUCAUCAAGCCCUAUCUUAGUAGCCUGCGAGUUGUGAGCGUUCAGUAUCUGGAUGCUUCCUCAGGCUCUGGUACCAGCGUACCGCUGCAAAUUGAUCCGUCCAUCCUUGAUCUCUCUCAUAUGAAUUAUAUUCCUCCCGCUCCUGGACUUAAUGCGCGCACAACCCCAGCACUCCUCGAAAUACCGAUAUACCUCCCACCUCGCUCAACGAUUCACAUCUCACUCGAAUUUGAGAAGAUGUUCCUCAAGUAUACUGAGCACCCACCGGAUGCGCAGAGAGGCUGGGACCUACCAGGUGGCGUUCUCAUACCCGUAGACGACGAAAGGCGUCUAGGAUUACCGAGAAUGUACACCCCACCACUUCUCGCGGACCUAGCCACGCCGGACUUUUCGAUGCCAUACAAUGUGAUCAUUCUCAGUGGAGCGUUGAUCGCGUUAUUGUUUGGGAUGACGUUCAACAUGUUGACGAGGCGGUUCGUAUUAGUCAAACCAUGA